AUUUAUUCUUCAUUAACUUCAGUAUCUCAAUGAUUGAGUGCUGUUUACUAAGUUACUGUUACUGUUCAAGUUACUAAGUAACUGUUGAAUCCCAGGAGACUCCCCCAGUGCAUAUAUCUUACACUGUGUAACUUAGCUGCCUUUAAAUUAAUGUGCAUAAUGUUACCUUUUUAAUCCCAUUUAUCACUUAUGAAAGAGAGGAUAGCAACAGGGACAAACUCCAAGCGUACACCGUUUGACUGCUGUGGCUGGGCUUUGAAGGUGAUGCAGAAUACCAAAUAUAAUAUUCAUUUAAAAAUGUGUAAUCAAGGAAACUUAUGAAUUAGAGAAUUUUCAUUUAUUAAAUUAAUUAUAAAGAUUAUUUUAAAACUGACCACUAGAUGUCACUGUUCACUCACAUCUAUUUGUUUGCAGUGGAAACAAUGGAUUGUGAUCUCAUCACAAAUCUAUUCUCAACACUACAACAAGGAAAAAAGCCAGCAUGUUCAACAUGUGGCCACAUUCUUCUGGCUUACACUUGAAAUAUAUUUAUUUAAGCAUUUCGUUGUUUAAACUUUUGCAUUCAACUGAAAUGUUGUUUUCAUGCAAAAAUGUCACUGAUGUUUCAGAGAUGCAUGCUCAUGCCUCAGCAGCAUGUCUUUUGAUCUCCAACCUUCAACCACAAGUUUAAAACUGUUUCUUUGGCAUUGCCUUAUUGUAUGCUGCAUGCACUGAAUUCCAGUAUGUAACUGUCAUUACAAAUGUUGCUGUGAUUAAGUCAAAAGUUUGCACAAAGCUCCAAAAAUAUGACUUUAUAUGUCAUCAAAUUUUAACAACAGUAGAGAAACAAAUGAGAAAGAAGUAUUUGAACCAGUAUAAUAUGCUUGUGGUGGGUAACCCAACGAAGGAGUCAGUCGAGGAUGAAUAAGUUUAACAAUUUCCAAAAAUCCACAAAGAACAGUAAACCUCAUUUUAACCCUUGUCCUACUUUUAAGCCCACUUUCUGUUAGUGUUCUUUUGAUGUUACCAACCACAAAAGCCAGAGACGUCAUGUACUGCAGUCUAAUGGUCUUGCAGAUAUUCUGGGUGAUUUAGUCAUGCACGGAAACAUCUACUAGAGAGCUCACAGUUAUGCUGGUGUCCUGCCUGAUGCGGUUUCAUUAGAACUAACAAAAGCGUUUCUUUUAAUAAAGCAGCAGAGCCACUGUGGUAUUUUAAAAUGCUAUAUCUUCAGUUUCAAACACAUUGCUUUCCUCAAAAUAUCUUGUAGCUGUGAACUCCUCGUCCAGCAUAUGAUAAAGCUCAGUCCUUUCAGCUGAAACUGCUACUGACACUAAUGAUUAUUUGGAAUAACUUGUAGUUUCCACUUUUUUAAACUCACCUUGUAUCACAUAAGCUGGAGUGGGACCUGCUGCUGCUGCUGCUUCACUCUCUCUGGCUGCGUUUUAAAUUAAGGGCCACACAUUACCUGGUGUUAAGUUCUGCUAGGGAAAUUUGGCAGAUAUAGUGCAGAUACUGGUUUAACAACUGCUGACAGCUAAACCAUCCUUAACUUGUUAGUUGUACUCUGCACACAACACAGCCACAGAGCAUGUAUCUCUCACUGUCCUUUGCUUCUGCUGUCUUAUUUCAUGACGUUUAACCGAGGUUACUUUAUCUAUAACAGUUUUUUUUGUUUCUUUGUUUUACUGUUUAAAAUGUACGUUUUAAAUAAAAGAAUAAAAUCCCUUUUCUUUGACUGCAAAGUCUCUGCCAACUUCCUCAGAGUCUUCGAAGCUCGCCGCAUGGCACAGCAUCACCACAAAUGUCUGAUUGAAGUGAUGGAUUUAGGGUAAAUCUGACCCGCAGGACAUUCCCCGCAUGCCUUCUUCCCCCGUGUUUCUGCCGCUGGGUAGGUCAAGUAUUCGCUGGAAAAACCCAAAUUAAUCCCAAACGAGUGUGACGCUCGGGGAUGUUGCCUUGUGGAGGCUCCACCCCUCGCCUCGGAGCGUGUGGUUCCCGUCGCUCCUGUUGCUGUGUUCCUGAGACUGAGAGUGGUAGUAGAAAACAACAGCUGGGCCGAUAGAUCAGACGGCUUUGGGGCAUUUCUUAAUUGUCAGACCAUUACAGAAGCCUCCUUUAAACGUGUGAGACUCUAUAUGGACAACCCGAUCAUUAAAAAGAGCUCCAGCUGCUUUUUAUCAAAACUCAAAUUGAUUUGGGGAUCCGGUCCCGAGGAAAGCUGCUCCUGACAGGUGCGCAAAGUGCGCAGAGAGGAUGGGCAGACGUGAGGCGGACAGCAGAGACGCAAUGAACACUAGCGGACGCUCCGAGCUGGGCUGCCUGCAGGACGCGGCGUCCAGCAGCCAGCAUGGCGGCGAGCAGUCACCGAGAAUGGACAGCCGCCGUGCCUGCAACGCGGAGAAGCGACAGAGAAACAUGAAAGUAGGCGUGGAGGCGCUGGGCCAGGCAUCCACAGCCACAGCGUCCAUUGAAGUAAAAAAGCAUCAGCACAAGCACAACUUAAAGCACCGUUAUGAGGUGAUGGAGACGCUGGGGAAAGGCACCUACGGCAAAGUGAAGAAAGCGGUGGAGAGAGCGAGCCUGAAGACGGUGGCGAUCAAGUCAAUCCGCAAGGAGCGCAUCACCGACAACCUGGACAGAAUUCACAUCCAGAGAGAGAUUGAGAUCACAUCUUCACUCAGUCACCCCAACAUCAUACGCUUCCAUGAGGUGUUUGAGAGCCGGGAUAAGAUUGUGAUUGUGAUGGAGUACGCCAGCAGAGGAGAGCUGUAUGAUUACAUACAGGAGAGGAGGCGACUGCCAGAAACAGAAGCCCGCAGCAUCUUCAGACAGAUUACAUCUGCUGUCCACUACUGCCAUAAGAACGGGGUUGUGCAUCGAGACCUCAAGCUGGAGAACAUUCUUUUGGACCAAGAUUUGAAUGUAAAGCUGGCUGAUUUUGGCCUCUCAAAUAAUUUCCACAAGGGCACGCUGCUGCAAACCUACUGUGGAAGUCCGCUCUACGCUGCCCCAGAGAUCGUGAAAGGGCUCCCAUACCAGGGACCAGAGGUGGACUGCUGGGCACUGGGGGUGUUGCUGUAUGCCCUUGUUUACAGCAGCAUGCCAUUCGAUGGUGCCAGUCACACAAAACUCACAGAGCAGAUCAGCCAAGGUCGCUAUCGCAGACCCAACCCCCCCUCUGACGCCUGUGCUCUCAUCGGCUGGUUGCUGACAGUGCGUGUGGAUGAGAGAGCCACGAUAGAGGACGUGGCUAACCACUGGUGGGUGAACUGGGGAUAUGAAGAGAGUGUGUGUGACUGCCCUUCAUUUCCACACCAAGAGUGCCCCUCCCCGCUGCUGGCUCGCUACAUCGACUGGCAGAAUCAGGUUGCUGCUGCUAGCAGUUUGACGGCGGAUGCAGACUGCCUGUCCUCAGACUCUUCCGGUCUUCCUCAACACGCUUCCAACCCCUUUUACUUCAGCUUACCUCUAAAGCACGAAUGUGGGGGAGGUGCAAGGGUGCGCGGUGGAAUAUCGAGUCUUAGGAAGUCUCGCAAGGAGAAUGCGAUUCCCCAGACUGCACAGGGAGCUUGCAGUGACGUUUGUUUAGCAACUGCUUCUUCCGUGGUGAUUUCCUCCAGUUCCACUUUUGAAAGAAAAAAGCCCAAAGGUAUUCUGAAACACCAGAGAAGUUUAGAUUCAGUCUUUCACACCCCUCCCAGGGAUAACUCCCCCUCUCAGCUCUGUAACACUGCACCGCAGCCCUGUCGAACACACAGUCUUACUCAUGCGUAUGUUGACGUCCUAUCAACCAGCCUUCUGUCUCCAACUACAUUCAGUCAGCCGUCGUCCAAAAUGCCCAAGAAAGGGAUACUAAAGAACUUGUAUGGUGGGGAGUCAGGUUAUGGUUCCUCAUCAGACAGAAGGGGCUCAGGUGUAGGAAGUACAGACAGUAAUGCAGGUCAGUCCUGUUCCCACAAACAACAAACAUGUCUCCCUGGAGUUGAAGACAGUCCCACAAUGCGCACAGAAGCAGUAAGAAGACGUAAGGGUAUUUUGAAACGUAAUGGAAAGUUUUCUCGCAGCCUGGAUCUUCCUGACAACCACCAGUCUUCUCCCUCUCCAACUCCUGCGAUAUUCCCAGAGGCUCUGCAGCAUCUCCUCCAGACUGCAGGGGAUGCUGAGGGCCGUCAUAGCCGCCCCUCUAGUGUUGUGAGCGAGGAUAGCCUCUUCUCCUCCGAUUCCUUUGAUCUGCUGGACCUUAGCUCCCAGUCACGUCGCAAGAUUUUCUCAAGGGGGGUGCGGCACAGCUCAGAGGACGAUUUGGAGCAGCUGAGAGGCGAGGCGGACAGGGUUGUUGGACAACGACAAACAAAAAAGGAAAUGCUGUAAUACGAAGCGUAUUAGAAACUUUAGUGUGCUGAAAAACUGGGUUUAAUUCCAGCUCUUCAGUUCAGUUUUAUGUGAUAAUCAGUGCCUGCGAUCUUGAAAAGACUUCAUGAACUCUAGAAAGGUUGCAUCUCAAGUACACAGACUCUCAUGACCAUUGCACUGCCGAUGUAAAGCACCAUGUCUCAGCAUAUUUGCAGCGAUAAAUUAAAGUGUAGCCUCUGACUGUUUAACUGUGUUCCUCCAAAUGGGACCUGAUUUCCAGCAGUUUGCAGAGACAGGACAGAAUAGUCUGUUUAAUGGACUCGGUCCGACCUCACCUGCACAACAGACUCUCCUUGUAGAUUUUUGCAGAUUGAUGUUGACAACUCUCAAAAUCUUUGUCUGAAGGCUGUCAUCUGCUAACAUGGUAAUCCAUGCAUCUUUGAUUUAUCGACAAUCAUUGUAUGAGUAAGUCAAAAGACUUAAAGAUAUUUCCAUCCACCUGCAUUUUUUGACCAUUUUGGAUAUAAAAUCUGAUGUGUAAGUUCAGAAAAAAAGAAGAAAAAAUACUUUUAAAGUUCAAAAAAAUAUGUGUGUAUUGAUAACAGUGAAAUGUGGCAAAGUGCAAUUGAAACUAGCUUUUUAUACACUAAUCGUGCAUGAAGCAUGUCAGAUAGAAGCAUACAGUAUGUAUGUGAGAACUAAUGGCGAGGAGGAGCAUUAGUUAAAUUAAUAUAUGAAACAAAUGUAAAUAUAAUUUCAUUUUUUCUGCAUUCUUUGGCAGUGCUACUAAUUUUGCUGGUGAUCUUUUGUAAUAUAUAAUUUGCACACUGUUGUUCUGCAGUGGUUGUGAUAACACCCGGCAAUAAAUUUAACAUCAUCAGCUACUUAUACUCAAGUAUCCACCUUCAUGCAGUCACACAUACAUAUGGAAACAGAUAUGCAUAGAAGUUUGCUUUUAGCUUAAUGAUUUUCUGAAAUGUGUUCAAAUGUGUGCAGUGUUUGGAUGGAAACUAGACUGUAGCAACUUCUGUUAUGAUGAUAAAUUCUGCUCAGUUGACCUUUGGGAUACUUUGUGGCAGCACUUUAUAAACCUUAUAUAAACAUUGCGACAUGGUUAUAGCGCACUAAAAUGUAGCAGAUAUCAGGACAUUUUAAGUGUUCAGUAUUAACCUGUAUAAUCUGUCAGAAAUUCUAAUUUCUCAUCUGAGAAUAAAUUGUGUUUUUAUUCAUUAUCUGUUCAUGCAUCAUCCUGCUUAUGUUUAUGCACUGUGGGCUUGCACAAGAGGAGCUAUGGUUGUUAACAGACACUUCACAUUGGUUAAACCCCAUUUGUUAAAUGUUUAUAUUCCGCUUAUCUAAAAUGCUAAGGAAAGUAAUGCCGAUGUCAAUAUUUUUUUUCAAGUAUAUUUAUGCCACACAGUGUUUCACUGUGCACAGUUUGCUUCUUUGCACCAACACACACAGUGUGAAUAGCAGAUAGAUCACAUUGCUUUUUACCGUGACACCACCUGUGCUGCUCUGGAUGUUUAGGUGAUGUAUGCAGUAGAUGUAUGCAAUAUUAAAUCUGUGAUUUUCAUACUGUGAGAGGAAAUACAAAGAAUUCUCUUUAACUUUUUUUGUUUGUUUUUUUUUAAAUAUUUUUGUUUUUCUGGGUAAAAUAAAUUAUUUGAAUCUGA